GAAACAGGCAACUUUGAUGGAAACGACCCGCCUCAUCGCAAUCGUCGGCCUUUUUUUUUUCGCCAAUGUGGGCUGCAGGUGAGCUCAGCCGAUUGGUCCAAAUCCAAAGAGCCACCAUCUCCACCUGAAGACGCCUCCUUCAAAAGAGCCCCCAUGGAGGUGGCGCCGUUUUCAAAUCCAACUUAAGCAGUGGGCCUGACGGAGGUCGUCCCGAUUCUCUUCAGACAUGGCGGACUGGAAGACGCACAUCAACUACAACUACAACGCGUCCUACCAUGCCUACGCUUACGGCCUCAUGUAUCAAUCCGGACACGACCAGAACCACCUCCACGUUACGGGCUGGAGCGAAGGGGGGCCAUCCGAUUUGAGUAACUACACACCUGGGAUGACGCAGGUCUACUACGCCGCCGCAGCCGCCACAGCCGCCGCCACAGCCGCCAGGACCCGUGAAGAGUCUCCGCCUCAUAGUCCGGAGCAGCGCGUUGCCAACGCCCAUUGCCAUUACCAGACCUCCGCUCUUGUCUACCUCGACGAGUGUCAAGCUGGUCGCCUGCAGGCGGCUGGAACGCCCCGAGCCCACUACGAGACGCCCCGAGCCCACUACGAGACGCCCCGAGCCCACUACGAGACGCCCCGAGCCCACUACGAGACGCCCCGAGCCGAAGAAAGCAGGAAGGCCGUCAGCGAGUCCACAAGCGACUCUGAGGCUCACGCCUCUCCUGAUUCGUGGAGUUUUAGCAGUGGCCGAGAAAGUGGUCUUCCACAGGCACACCCCGGCGCGUGGGUGGAGAAAGAUCCUGGCAUUGAUCCAAACAGCAGGAGCCCUGACGCAGGAGACCAUGUUUCAAGCUCCCUUAUGGAGGAGCUGCCCUCCUGCAAUGACAUGGGCAACCACAACGCUCUGACUUUCCCUUCCCUACAAGCGCCCUUAGUGGCCCCAAACAAACUAAGCACUAACGCUGGGACCCCGAAAGGAAAGGUGCGCGUUUCCUUCUCCGAAAGCCAGAUGAACGCUCUGGUCCAGCGUUUCAGUGUGCAGAGAUACCUCACGCCGGCCGAGAUGAAGAACUUGGCUGAACUCACGGGGCUUACCUACAAACAGGUGAAGACCUGGUUUCAAAAUCGAAGGAUGAAGCUUAGGAGACACCAGAAAGACAACAAUUGGGUGUCGGAACGCUACGCCACAACCACCACUAAGAGCCAAGCCGUUCACGGAGGUGUCAUUAACCACGCUCCCCUUUAUCAAGCAGAAAGCCAAAGACCACCACUUAAGGAGCACUACAACCACACCAUGAUGGAGGCAGCCUUCAAGAAAACAUCUCCACCCAACCUGGGCUUCUAUCUUACUAGGAUGGGGAAUAGCGCCGCAGCUGCUCCUUAUUCCACAUGGUCGGCCGGCGCACCUCAAGCUGCCAUGGCCACUAGGUCACAGGCGGUUGGCUGGUCCGUGCCUCCAAGCAUUAACCAGUAUGACUACUACCCGGGUGCGUUCCACUCGAGCCAGCCAGACACCAGCUCGGAUGGCAAAGAUGCAGAGUCCGUCACCGGCCAGAACGCACAAAAUCUAGUCGUUGGACAUGACAUGGGCCAGUAGGGGGCUUCUGUUGUGUGUGUGUGAGCAUUCUUCUUUGCAGAGGUCCCAAAGUCAUUUUUUUCUUCUUCAUCAUGUUGGUGUAUAUAGUUGAGCAAAACUAUUUUUGCCUUUUUUAACACCUGGUUUUAUUUUUAUAUACAAGUUUGAUGGUGUGCUCGAUGUACACAUCAACACCUGCACACAUUCGGCUUUUUUUGGAAAUGUUUGAAGAUAAAGGACUGAUUUCAAUCUGCCCAGAAUUUCCCCUAUGAAUAAAUACAUUUGUAUGGAGACCAACCAAUGUCUUUGUGUCGAAAUUUAGUUAAGGAACACCUUGAUUUGCAAAAUACAAUUCCCAGUAAGCUAUUGGUCUAUGAGUGUUUUAUUAAAAAGAGAGGGGGAAAAAAACGGAACAAAUCACACACCUUGAUUGGCAAAAUACAAUUCCCAGUAUGCUAUUGGUCGAUUAGUGUUUAAUCCAAAAGAGAGAGCACAAAUCAUACUUGAUGGUGGGUGGCCACAAUGUCAAUAUUGCUCUUCUCACUGAUAUGAUGCGACCCAUUUUCCCUAAAUGGCACCAAAAUGUCAUUGGCGG